AUGAUGGCUAAGAAGCCCCCCAAACCAGCACCUCGAAGAAUCUUCCAAGAAAGGUUAACUAUUACUGCUCUCCCCUUAUACUUUGAAGGCUUUUUAUUAGUCAAGCGCUCAGAAUACCAGGAGUAUAAACAUUAUUGGACUGAAUUAAGAGGAACAACGCUUUUCUUCUAUACGGACAAAAAAAGUACAAUAUAUGUUGACAAAUUAGACAUAAUAGACCUCACAUGCCUUACUGACCAUAAUUCAAGUGAAAAAAAUUGUGUGAUUUUCACCCUGGUUUUGCCAAAAGAGGAAGUACAACUAAAGACAGAGAACACAGAAAGUGGAGAAGAAUGGAGAGGCUUUAUUCUCACAGUUACAGAGUUGGCAGUUCCACAAAAUGUGUCUCUCCUUCCUGGACAAGUAAUUAGACUUCACGAAGUCCUAGAGCGAGAGAAGAAAAGGAGGAUUGAGACAGAGUGGCCAAGUACAUCUCUGAAAAAUGAGAAGGAACCAAUUGAAGAUUAUGUGGAUGUACUGAGCCCUAUGCCAGUAUGCUUUUAUUCAGUAUCCCGGAAAGAAGCAACUGAGAUGCUGGAGAAGAACCCUUCCUUGGGAAACAUGAUCCUGAGGCCUGGCAGCGACAGUAAAAACUACUCUAUCACUAUCCGACAGGAGACAGAUAUGCCACAAAUCAAGCACUACAAAGUGAUGAAUUCAGGGAAAAGCUACACUAUCGAACUGGAAAAACCUAUAACUCUCCCAAACCUUUUCAGCGUCAUUGAUUAUUUUGUGAAGGAAACACGAGGAAAUUUACGACCAUUUAUAUAUUCAACCGAUUAAACCUUUGAGACCAAAGGAUCUCCUGGAACACCCUCAAAACAAACAAAAAGCUAGAGGGAGGGGAAUUGAAUACAGGUUGCCUCCUGGAUAAAUAGAAUUAUGGCAGUCAUCUAAUUAAAUGUU